AUGCUCUCUAGCAGUGUGGGGGUGAUGCGAGCCAAAGAAUCCGGGAUUCGGAAAUAUGGUAAUUCGGGUGCAAUUUGUUCUCCUUUUUUGUUGCCAUACUCAGGGAGUAAGCGACAAAAGCGACGUAAAGAAUGUUACCACGAACAUCAACAGCAAGAACCACGUUAUUGGGAGGAUAAAGGUAGAGAGAAUUUAACAGGGGGGCAAAAACUACUUUCUCCAACGCCUCAUCGUGAAGAAUACCCCACGUUACCAAGUUCUUCUUUGGAGACUGUAUCACGUUUUUCUCUCCCUUAUGCAUCCGGGAAAAAAAUAGUCUCCAAGACGUCCCCAAACGCACUCUUGAAUAGUAUAGAGGAGUCAGAGGAUGCGGUCCAUCGUCUCAUAGAAGCUCUUUCGACUUCAUCUUGGUCUUCUAGCAAUGCAUCUGAAGAACUCUUAGAAAACGAGACUGCAUCGUAA